CGACCUCUGUCUUAGACUUUUAUUUGAAUUCAUUAUGUUGUCUAGGUUUGCGAGCAGGGGGCACCCUACAUUUUCAGCGAUGAACCGGUUGAGUCUCCAACGCCAGUUUGCAAAUGCGAAAAAGAAGUCCAAAUGGAUUGUGUCGCCGUGGAUUAUUGGAGGAGUUGCUGUUAUUGUUCCGAUUGGCUACGGAAUUAAUACCUACGCCUCCAAUAGGUGGUUUCGAGACUAUAUGGAUGAAAAAAUCUUGUAUUAUACUCCCUACAUUCGGCAGUGCUUGACAAAAUGGUUCCCUGUCGACGAACAGAGUCCCUACCGGGUUUUUAGAGUGAAUUCUUCUUCAGAUAUUAAGAAAAUGCUGGGAGAAACUUUCACUGCCAUGGAUUUUCUACUUGAGAACGGUGUGUACCGCCAAGAUGCUGUCGAUUUCCUCACCACCGUUGUCGGUUCAAUUCCAGAAGAAUGCAUUGAAUCGCUAUCUUCUGGAUCGUAUCUCACCUUAUGUAUAUCCGAUUGGGAGUCUCCGAGCUUGCAAGCGCUUCCUGGGCUCAACCGGGUGAUGAGCAUCGAUGAAUUUUUGCUGUUCGCGUUGGAUGUCGUGCAAAAGAAGAAGGGCUCGAUGGAGGAAUUCAAGACUCGGCUUUCCGAAGCAAAGAAAGAAUGGAUCGAAAAUCACAAAGGGGAUACGACGUUAUUCGAUACGAAUGAAGAAGAAGAAGAAGAAGAAAAGGAAGAAAAGGAAGAAGAAGAAGCUGAUGAUAAUGAUGCUAAUCAUGCUCCUGAUGGUGAUCUUAAUAUUGAUUAUUCUCAAUUGUUCCCCACAAUGUAUGGUGAUAUGACAUACAAAGUGCUGCGAUCCCGCUAUAAUAUCGACUAUGAGAAGGCGGCCAAAUCGCUGAUGCAGAAGAAAAUCGGGGAAUAUACCGAGAAAAUGAAGGGGGAGCUGGAGUAUAGGAUUGCGGAAAAAAUGUUCGAUAUUCAGCAGAUUGACAUUGAAAUACGGAAUGCAAAGCAGGAUAAUGCGCCGGCUGAACAAUUGGAGGAGUUAAUGCGGGAGAAGAAGGAACUCCAGGAUACCUUGUAUCAGAUGAAGAAGGGUUUGAAAAGUGGUAACUAUACUAAUUCGCUUUAUAUGAGCAGUUCGGUGAGCCAGCCCUUUGACCUUAUCAGACUCAGUCUCGAUGAGGAAGUUGUCAUCAAGUGCCGUCAUGGCCGCGAGAUUCGCGGAAAGUUGCUCGCAUACGAUCAGCACUUGAAUAUGGUUGUUUCAAACGCAAAGGAGACUCAGACGAUUGUGACCGUCGAUCCGGAGACAAACAACGAGGUAAAGAAGAAUGUGGUUCGAAACUUCGAAGCGCUCUACUUGCGAGGCGAUGCUGUUAUUUUGAUUUCUCCUCUUGUCCGAACGUAA